UUUAAGAGAGAAGCACAGGAAUAUGAUGACGAAGCAUUACAGAUAACGUCACAACUUCUCUGUUCUAAUCCCGACUUCUAUACUUUGUGGAAUUUUCGAAAAGAAAUUAUUUUACAUCUGUCUAAAGAAAAAGUAGGUGAUGAUUUACAACAGUUAUUGGAAAACGAAUUGUUGUUAGUGGAAGAAUGUCUUAGAAAAAAUCCAAAAUCAUAUGGCGCUUGGCAUCAUAGACGCUGGAGUCUUUUACUUAUGCCUAAACCUAAUUGGAAUAAAGAAAUAUAUCUCUGUAACAAAUUUCUCGAAAUGGAUGAGAGAAACUUUCAUGGUUGGGAUUUUCGACGCUUUGUGUGCAAUAAAGCUGAAGUGAAGCCUUCGGAUGAGUUAAAUUUUACCUUAAAGAAAAUUGAAGCAAAUUUUUCUAAUUAUUCUGCUUGGCAUUAUCGAAGUUCAUUAUUACCUGUUAUAUAUAAAGGAAAAAUCAAAGGAACGGUUAAAGAAGAAAAGUUACUUGAAGAGUAUGAACUGGUCCAAAAUGCUGCAUUUACUGAUCCUAGUGAUCAAAGUGUCUGGUUUUAUCAUCGCUGGUUAUUAGGUAGAAAGCAGAAACCAUUGCAGAUUAAUUCUGUGUAUAUAAAAAAAUCUCUUCAAAAAGUCAUAAUUCAGUUAUCACAGCCAGUUUUAGCUGAAGAAAUUGAAGAAUUUAUAAAAAUUUAUGCUAAUGAUGUAAUUUUAAACGUAAAAUGGAAUAAACCAACUCCUUCCACAUUUGCUUCUUCUGUUUGGAUAUGUUUGCUGCCAACUGAAAACAAUGUUGGAGAUCAAAAUACAGAAAUUGAUAUAUCUCUCACAGUUAAUGAUUAUUCAGACAAGAUUAAAUGCUUACUAAAUGCCGAAGAAGAAGAAAAACAUAUUUAUAACGAGAUUAAUAAAUCAAAUAUAUUCAGAGAUGAAAUGAGUGCUAGUACUACAUCAGUUUUAGAACAAGAACUUGAAUCAUGCAAACAACUACAAGAUUUAGAACCAAACAAUAAAUGGAUUUUAUUUACCAUAGUAUUGUUGAUGAGAGCUCUUAAAAACGAACAGUACAACAAAUUGAUACUCGAAUGUUUGGACCAGCUAACUGAAGUGGAUCCAAAAAGGAAAAAUUAUUUCUAUGAUUUAAAAAGUAGAUUUAUAAUUCAGAAUGCAAUUGAAGAAGCAGAAGGGAAUAAUGAAAUUAAUCUUUCAAGAAAACAGUUAACGUCUCUUCAUCACGUAGACUUUUUUGCAACUGCAAAAGCAGUUGAUUUAUCUUACAAUUUAUUAAAAUCAGUCCAGCCAUUGUGUUAUCUUGUCUGUGUGAGAAAUCUAAUAUUGGAUAAUAAUUCUAUAUCCAGUUGUUUUGGACUUGGAAAUCUAAAGCAAUUAGAAAAUUUAUCAAUAAAAAAUAACAAUUUAAUGAACAUUCCAGAUAUUGCCGAUUUAGUUACUUGUCCGUUGAAGACAUUAAACUUGGAAGGGAACUUAAUAACCAAGAUGGAGAACUUUGAAUAUGUCAUUAUCAGCAUGUUUGUACAUUUGAAAGUGUUAGAUGGCAAAGGUCUAUGACAAACAUUCUAUUUAAGUUUUUUUUUCACUUGAAAUAAUUAUAUAAAUUUAUCAAAUAAGAAGACAGGAAUAUGUUGCACAAUUAAAGCUAUAUAAAAGCUUAUUUUUUAUUUAUGAAAGAUAAGUUGUAUUACAAUCAAAUUAAAUAAAAUUAAAUCACCACUGAAAAGAUUCUUAUUAUUACAAAAAUCUAUAAGAUAACACUAGUAAAUACAGGAUUCUGAAAAUUUACUGUGCAGUUGUAAAGGUUCAAGUGACGUUUUACGUAGAAUAUUGCAGUUUCUCUUAUAACAAAUGCUGGAAAUGUCUCCCAAGACCCAAAAUUUGGGGAAUGAGGUUUGGAAAUCUAGCAGGCCAUAUUCCGUGGGAGAUUAUGCAAUCAGCAAAGAAGUCUUGCAAAACCAGAACAUCUAUGAGCAAGCAGUAAUGCCAUCUACCACAAAAUGGAAAUGAAGGACAUUCAACUCACAGGUCUCGUAUGCAAUGCCUUAUGCAUAACUUUAAUGUUGUUGCAAAUUUCUCACUGCAUGGUAACUUUUCAGACACCCUGUAUUUUUUUGUAUACUCAUAAUAAUCUCAGUUGAGUAACUAAGCAAUAUCACAUCUUACUAUUAUGAGAUUGAAUUCGUAUGACAAAAAUUGUAGGGGAUUCCAAUUCAAAUAAGGACCAAUUCAUGAAUUUGAAUUGAGAGUUUGUUCUACAUUCAAAAGUAAGCCUUGCCGACUAAUUUGAUUAUGCUUGCCCAUUCAUAAAACUAACACAAACAAUAUAGAUUAUAAUAUGCUGAAAGACUUGCAGAUUAUUCAUACUUGGAUACUUAAAUAUUUAGAAACUUGAUUUUGUUUAAGUAUUUAAAUUGAAUUUAACAUUUCUAUCUGGCACCUCGAUAAAACU